AUGGAGAGUGAGUUGCAGAGGACUACACCGGUAACAUGAGAGCCCUGCGUUUGGUCCUGCUGAGUGCCUUCUUGCCUCUGCUCUGUCUGCCCAGCCCCAGCCAUGGAGCAUCCUACUUUGGGGACAGUUUCUGCAAGAUAACGUCGAUCCAAGAUGUCUCCUCCUUUCACCUGUCGCUGCAGUUCAAGACCAGCCGACGAAGUGGACUCCUCCUCCUGGCUGCAGGGAUGCAGGACUACCUAUUUCUGGAACUCCAAAACGGGAAAUUACAGGUGCGAAUGGACCUUGGGGCCGGUGAGAUGGUGCUGUCAUCAUCUCUGGGGCUGCAACUGAACAACAUCGUGGAGCACAAGGUGUCCAUCACGAUGCAGGAGGCCAAACUGACCAUGCUGAUCGAUGACCUCUUCUUCACUUUCAUCUCUGUCCCUCAAACCCAGGAGGACCUCAACAUUGACAUGGGGGUUUACCUGGGGGGCACCGGAGACUUAGACGCCCCAUAUCUCAGCAAUACCAUACCUCCAUUCCGCGGCUGCAUGACCAAUGUCAAGUUGGAGUCCCAUCAGUUUGAUAUUCUCGACUCCGAGCCCAUCGACUGCCAUGACACAAAGGAGUCCUGUAGCAGUGAGUUUGAGGCUGGCGAUGGAGAGGCGACCAGCUUCAUCAGCCCAGACUCAUUUGUGUCCUUCCCUACUUGGAGCGGGGCUAGUGGUAGUGAAAGGACCUUGGAGUUUCUCAUGAAGACCACCAUCGAGGAUGCCCUACUCACCUUCCACCCUGGACGAGAGUCAGACUUUAUCGCUGUUGGCGUUGUGGGCGGUUACCUAAAAGGUGUGGUGGACCUUGGGAGUGGGAUGGUGGUACUGGACAACCCCAGAGUACAGCUAGAUGAUGAUCAGUGGCAUAGGAUCAGAGUCACUGUAGAUGCGACUGUGUUUGAGAUUAACGUGGACAGCCAGCCUGCCUCUCUCCCUCUAAGGGGCUCAGAGCGAUUGGAUCUAGUUGGCAAUCUGUAUAUGGGGGGGAUCCAGGGCAAGAUGAAGGAUGUGUUUCGUGAUAGUAGCUUGUCUCGUAUGGAGGAGGAAAUAACAUCUGAGUCUUUUAUCGGAUGCAUGGGAGAAAUCAAAGUGAACCAGAAGGACAGAAGCCUGCAGGACGCUUUGGUCACCAAAGACGUCCAUGUGAAGUGCGAGGGAGAGGACUAUGACUACUCAAGUUACUAUGAUUUUGAGGCAACCACAACUACGGCUCCUGUUCGGAUCCGAUAUGUUGACGCUGACCCUAAUGAAAGACAUUGCUACCCAACUGACGACACACCAGAGGCCUUCCGGAACAUUACAAAGCUUCUUGAAGUCAAACCUUUGCUUGUGCCCGAAGGUGAGGAAGCUUUUCUCGAUAUUUACAACCUUAGCCCUACAUUUGACCUAAACACUGUGGGAAUCCGCCAAUCCCAGAUCAUCUUCACUCUACAAAGUGAUCCUUGGUACGGACUCCUAGAUAUGAACAUCAAAACCAGACGUACCAAAAAGUUUACACUCCUGGAUGUGGUCAACAAGAAGAUCAAGUAUCUCCAUGACGGCAAUGAAAAGUAUGGCGAUCAGAUCCAGUUGGAGGUGGUUACCCAUAGUAACAGUUACCUUCCAGAAUGUCUAAAAAAUCCCCGCCAGUACCUCCUCCCAGUGGAGAUCAUACCUGUCAAUGACACACCACAACUAAGCGGAGGAGACAUUUCCAUCACAGAAAGCGGUCGCACUCGCUUGAAUCCCAACCUUAUCAAGAUUGUGGAUUCGGACACUCGCUGUGACGAAUUGAUUGUCACUGUGACCUCAGAACCUCCCAGAGGGGUUGGCUACUUAGAAAAUGACCAGCAACCAGGGAGAAGUAUCAAAGAGUUCACAUGCAGGCAGUUGAAAGACGGCAAUAUAUAUUUUGUCCACAGAACUGGGAGUGGUGGGAUAACUCUACAGGUAUCUGACGGACAAUCCAUAAGUCAUUCGACCACUUUUAAACUGUCCAUUACACAGCCCCAAAUGAGCCUUGUGACCAAUACUGGCCUUAUGUUGUCUCAGGGAAGCAACUCUUCCAUUGGGAUCCAGAACCUGGCUGUCAUUGCCACCCCUCGUAAUGGAGAUAUUGUGUAUAACGUCACACAGGCUCUGAGAUAUGGUGAACUGCAUGUUCUCACUAGCAAUGGUUUACCCAAACAGGUGACAUCUUUUCAUCAGUCAGAUUUGGAGCAAGAACGCUUGAUAUAUGUUAGCACAGACUCAAGUGACCUGGAGGACGUUGUGUCAGAUCAUUUUCAAUUUGAUGUCCAUCUUGGACAGUUUUCCCUGUGGAACAACACUUUUUUGAUCAAGAUCACACCCUCCCAGGUUAAAAUGGUCCAAGUAGUUCCCCUUGAGAUUGAGAGUGAGGUAGAGCAAAAGGCAAUAAAACACACUGAACUUGAGGCAGAAGUGAAGGGAAAGAGUGUAGCCCCAGAAACUAUAAGAUACAUCCUUCUGAAGGCCCCCACACUGGGUACUCUUCAAAUGAUCGGCAGGAAGCUAGUUGAGGGAGACAGUUUCACCCAACAGGACCUCUGGAAUGCCCAGGUCAGCUAUAGAGUCCGGGUGCAAAGGGCUGUGGCUAGCGAGGACCAGUUCCAGUUCAGAGUCUUUGCAGAGAAUCAGUACUCCCCUAUGUACACCUACCCAAUCAAGAUCCAGGCUGAUUCAGACGCCCCUGUUUUGACCAAUGAGAGACUCAUUGUCUUGGAGGGCGGGGAGAAUAUUCUGAACAAAGACUAUCUAUGGGUUCAGACAUCCGUCUCGACAAACUUUGUUUACAGGGUGACGCAAGACCCAAAGUAUGGCCGUCUCAUCAGGGAGUCCCCACCUGGACAGCCCAGGUUCGACGGGGCCAUUAGAAUGUUCAGCAAUGAGGACCUGAAUCUAGAUAGGCUGAUCUACCAACAUGAUGGCUCAGAGUCUAGCGAUGAUGAGUUCUCUUUCCUGGUAUUCGAGCAAGCAGCAGGAAGUGAAAACAUCCGAAUCGAUGGUCAAGAAUCUAUGAGUGGCAUGUUUAGAAUAUCUAUUCAGUCCAAGAACGACCACGUGCCUCUGAGAGUGGUUGAUAAAACCUUCAAUGUGGUCCGAAACGGACAACGUUUGCUGACCACAGAAGACAUCCUCUUCAGGGACGAUGACUCAGGGUUCAAUGAUACCCAGUUGGUCUUUGUUCGCACAGGCAUUCUCUCAGGAAACAUUGUCUCCACCUCAGACCCCUCGCAGCCCCUCUUUCGUUUCACUCAAGCAGACGUGAGAGACCAGAAUGUUCUCUUUGUGCACCAUGGGGCAGACCGCGAGCGCUUCCAGCUCCAGGUUUCUGAUGGCCUGCACAAGACCACAGCCCUGCUGCAGAUCCAGGCUGGUGAGGCCUACCUCCGGGUGGUGAACAACACCAUGGUUGUCAUGGACCAUGGAAGCACAAAGACGCUCAACACCAGUCUGUUGAGUGCCGAGUCCAACAUGGACAUAAGAGAUGCCAGUGACAUUAGGUUCCAAGUGACAUCGCCCCCUAGUGAUGGGAAGAUCAUUGUGAGUGGGAUUGAGGCCUCUCGGUUCACCCAGGAGGAUCUGAAAAAGGGUGUGGUGUCCUACGAGCAUAACGACCAGAGUCUGAGCUCCAAGGACUCGUUUGGCUUCACUGUGGAAGCAAAAGGAUUUUCUGAGGAGGGCACAUUCAGGAUAAAGAUCUUCAAGCAAGGCUAUCUGUCCGAGCCUGAGGUCAUCACCAAUGAGGUCAUCAUCUCCUAUGAGGGAGAGCACACCGUGAUCAACCAGGAUCAUCUUAAGGUGGAACAACCAGACAUCCUGCCCUCUGAGAUGGUGUUCACCAUCAAGGAGCCUCCUCGUCUGGGCCACGUGGUCAUGCUUACCAACCACUCGGACAGUACGGCUGCGCCCAUCCUCGACUACAUCCACUCCUUCACCCAGGAGGAUGUCAACAGGGGCCGCAUCCUCUAUGUCUCUGCCUCCAUUCAGGGCAGUGACGGCUUCGCGGCCGACGUCAGCAACGGGUUCACCACCGUGGAGGACCUCCGGAUGACGGUGGACAUCGUGCCUCGCCUCAUCCCCAUCCAGGCCCUCAACUUCAGUGUGAGGGAGGGCGGUGGGAUGGCCCUUACCACAGAGCUCCUGAAUAUCUCUCACCCUUUCUACAGUGCGGUCAACGUAGACUUCAUCGUAGAGGAGCCACCGCAGCAUGGGGAUAUCCGCUACUUGGAUGGGGACGAACAAGCGCUCACCUUCUUUACCUGGGAGGAGGUGAAACUUGGACACAUCUACUACUUACAUGACAGCACGGAAAGCAGCGAGGACAGUUUCACACUCUCUGCCACGGCCUAUGAGAUAGAGCGCCGCAGCCUCCCUGUUACCUUCACUGUCACAGUCUUCCCGGUCAACGAUGAGCCGCCUAAAUUGACACGCAACACGGGACUGGAGGUUUUAGCUGGAGAGGAAUCGGACAUCACCACCAGUAUGUUAAAUACAGAAGAUGCAGACACCCCCAUCAAUGAGUUGGUUUAUUCCAUCGAGUCAACCAUCAAUGGGAUGGUGGCUCUAAAGGUGGAACCUGACGAAGAAAUCCAGAACUUCACACAGGCACAAAUUAACAAUGGGGAAGUCGUCUUUAUCCAUGAAGGUCUGGAGUCUGGAGGCUUCAGUUUUACCGUGACAGAUGGGGAGCACACCUCUCCUCUCUACCGCUUCGUCGUUAUGGCUAGACAGCUCACCAUCACCAUGGAAACAGGGGAGGAGCUCAUGAUCUUUCCAGGAACAAGACAUGCCAUCACCAGUGCCAUUCUGAAGGCAGUGACCAAUGAGGAUGGAAAUGAGAUAAGCUUCUCAUUGGUCAGGUCUCCUCGCCUGGGAAGACUGAUCUUAGCCAACGACAGGAACCAGUUUGAAGAGAUCACACGCUUCUCUCAAUCAGAGCUGGAGUCCGGGGCCGUCUUCUACGAGCACCAGAUGCCUGAGGAGCCCUUCUGGGUGGUCCGGGACUCUGUGGAGCUCCUGCUCUCCUCCCCUCCGGCCCCAGCUGUGCAUCACGUCCUCCCCAUCACCGUGUCCUACUACGCAGCUGGCCACAACGUCUCCUCACAGCUCUGGAAGAACAAAGGUCUGGACAUAGUGCAAGGUCAGAGGAAGGUGAUUGACAGUUCCAUCCUGGACGCCACCAACCUGCUGGCCAGCCUCCCCGAGGCGGAGCGAGGUCUCCUGGAUGUGGUCUUUGAGCUGCGCCGCUUCCCGGCCCAUGGGAGAGUCACCCUGGGGGGCCUGGAUCUGCCCCAGGGUGCCCCCUACUUCAUGCAGCAGGACAUUGCGCAGGGUGAGCUGGAGUACCUCCACGACGACUCUGGAGCCUCCGUGGACAGCUUCUCCUUCCGAGCCCGGCUCAACUCCCAGGGCCGCGGCACACCUCCCCCCUCCCCAGACCAGGCCGUGGUCCUGGAGGAGGUCUUCAACAUCUCGAUCCGGAGAAGGGACUCUAGUCCUCCAGAGCUGGUGAGCUUGGACGUUCUUCUGGAGGUUCUCCAGGGCUCCAUGACGGUGAUCACCCAGAAGUAUCUCAACACCCGCGAUGAGGACAGCACGCCCGACGAGGUGCGCUUCACCGUCUCCAAGGCGCCCACCAACGGGCGGCUGGUGGACGCCACCAAGGGUGACCACAUCUCCACGUUCACCCAGGAGGCGGUCAACCAGGGCCAGGUGGGGUUUGUCAGUGACGGAAGCCUGUCAGACGGCUUCAUGGAGUUCACUGUGUCGGACGGUAAGCACCACACCGAGCCGCACACGCUCCACAUAGGAGUCCUGGCCCGGACGCUGGUGCUGGCCAAAGCCCCGGAGAUCCAGGUGCUGCAGGGGGACGACGAGACCCUAGUGACAGAGGAGAUGUUGAGGGCCACCACGGGCGGCCCCAAUGAGGAAGAUGUCCUCUACAAGAUCACCAGCGUGCCCAAGUAUGCCGCCGUCAUGGUGGACCGGCAGCCCACGUCGGCCUUCACCCAGACCCAGAUCAGGGAGGGCCGGGUGAGCGUUCGCUUCAUCAAGUCCACCUCGCCCCGGGACAGCGUGGCCUUCGUGGCCCGGAGCCGGGCGGCCAACGUCUCCUCUGUCCUCAACAUCACGGUCAAGCCUCUGGCCAACAUCGCACAGGAACCCCUGCUUCCACGGGGCACCACUGUGCUGCUGGACAAGAAGCUGCUGGAUGCCACGCCGCUGGCCAACAAGACCCGGACGUCGCCCACCUUCAGCGUCAUUCAGCAGCCACAAGGCGCCCGCUUCGUGAGGGCUGGCGGGAGAGGGCCAGAGGGAGACGGCCAGCCCGUGGACACAUUCACCCAGAAAGAACUGGAUGAGGGCCGUGUGGCCAUGGAGAUCCUGAAUGGGACAGGAGGCAGCCAAGUCCAGGAUGUGGCUCGCUUCUUGCUCAAGGCCCAUGGGGUCCCUCCCGCUGAGUGCGUCCUCUCCUUCAAGACGGCCCCUUACAACGCCUCAGGGGUCUACUCGGCCACUCUCCUUAAAGUCCCCGCCGGGUCUGCAUGGUCCAAUAGCAACGACCUCCCUGGAGGGGCGGGAUCCCCACGCAUCACCCCAGCCAGCCCCCGCUGGAGGGGAAACAUGGACUGGCCUCAUGGAGGAGACGCCCCCACCACCGCCUCCACUGACAAAGACUCCCAUAGGAAACCAGUUGUGUCCAGGAGGAACAACCUGUGGUCCAUCCUCAUCCCCAUUCUGGUCCUCCUGCUCCUCCUCCUGCUGGCAGCCAUCUUGGCUUUCUACCUGGUGCGUCGCAACAAGACGGGCAAACACAAUGUGCAGACGGUGGCCGGCUCCAAGCCCAAAAACGGAGAGGUCAGCCAGGAGACCUUCCGGAAAACCGACCCGGCCAAUAACAUCCCCAUGUCCCAAAUGGACUCCAAAGACGCCGACCCGGAGUUGCUGCAGCACUGUCGGACAACGAACCCGGCGUUAAAAAAGAACCAGUACUGGGUAUGAGAGCUGACUGAAUGCUUAGACAUAGGAAACAGAGAGGUAGAUCCUCUAUCAUUUUGAAUGCGGCCUUCUUCUUGAAUCAUUCCUUUUCAGUGUUAGACCUUUUUGCCACGAUAGUAUUAAGAAAUGUGUAUGUUUUGAUAUCAUUGGACAUUUCACUAUCACAUACUAACGUUGUGCCAAUCCUCAGGUCAAGAAACACUGAAUAUUUCCAUUGAUAAAAAUGUCACCAUUAAACUAAAGAGGGUUUUGCCUAACACGUAUAUUUAUUUUUAGGACAACUGCUGAGGACAUAUUGUGUUCGCAAAAAGUUUUUUGUGUGCUCCUACAAUAUAUUCAGUAUGCUAUCAUAGGCCAAUAUUACUCAUUUGACUACAUAAGCAGAUUGAUUUGAAGUUUUGGUCAUUGUAGUUUCGCUUCAACAGUAAAGGUGGACAAGUGUGUACAUAAUUCAACUCCAUAAGGUAGAUCUAUGCUAUAUGAAGGAAAAGGUUGAUUAUUCUUCUAUAAAUGUAUUAUUGACCAUGUAUAUAUAUUUUUUGCUUCGUCGUUAGGCCUCAAUUCAAUCGAACUUGGUUGCAGUAAUUACAAAGCCACAUACGACAUUUGUCCUGUUGUAGAAUCAAAUCUGAGUGGUUUUGGGCAGAGCCUUCUAUUUGGUUAUAAGAUUCACUACAUCACCAAAAGUAUGUGGACGCACCUUCAAAUUAGAGGAUUCUGCUAUUUCAGCCACACCCGUUGCUG